GACAGAGGAGGAUAUUAUUAGGUAUUUGGUGGCAGCGAACGAGCGAGGGUGCGCCUGUAGUUUUUCUUGUGCAAAAGUUUGGUGUUUCUCACUCCAGAGAAAUUAACUAAUAUUUAGAGAGAGAAAUAGAAGCUCUGGAUUCCUUCUCAUCCGUCCUCAGCGACGGUUCUUAUGCCGCUUGGCUUUCAGGUAGUAUUCUAUUCUUUUAGGUUCUGCCGGGUUCAGAUUUAGACAGCUUAGUUUCCUUCCUUAAGACAUGGAGAAAGCGUGCUUCUGGUCAAAUUGCUUCCAGCAUCGGGUUUUUUCAUUCCAAGAAGUGCUCGAUUGGCGGUUUCUCAUCCUUGGAGAUUUUCUGUUGGUUUCCUUUGUCAAUUGCACUUAGUGGUUGCUUUCUUUUUAAUGAACAAUAUAGAGGCGUGAUGCAAAAUUUUUCUGAGAGAGGUGUUGGUUCUUUGGUGCACUUGGUCAAUGCAUUGCUGAUACAACAUCCAGUUGGAGUUCUUGGCACGCCUUCUGGGGGCUAACGUCUGCGACGAUUCUGUUGAAAGCUGCUUAAGUAGUCAAUUUAGAUAAACCAUCACGUCAAGUUGGUGCAGACUGUACAGUUCUUAGCUAUCGUCUCUUCAUUGCGCCUGAUGGGUACUUGUUAGAUUGUGGAGUUAUCGGUUCACUGAACGAUUUCUACAUAACAUAGAUGAGUUAGCUUAUUUUGCGUUUGAACCCUUGGGUGACUGUCUUAAGCUUAGUGGGAUUGUCCUGUUGGCUAGAACAAUCAUUCUGGUUGGUUCUGAGUUUUGUCAAUAUGCUUUGUGGUUUUCAUAUGGCUCUUCCGUCCGUGACUUCAUAUUGCCUUGAAGCUGUGGCUCUAUCAAUGAAUAAGGCCAGGAAGCUCGUUCAUCCUAAACAUUCUUGUUUUGUGUGCUCAGUUUUCUCCACAUAAAAUUAGCUGGUCCACAAAGGCAGCUUGUUUAAAUUUUACAGUUUCUAUUAGAUUAUCUACCAUAAAUGUCAAAUAGCCUUACUAAGUGUCAUACUAUCCGGGAAUAAAGAAAGAGCUCUUUUUUGUUCCACAAGAAAUAUGGAAAGGUACAAGUUAAUCAAGGAAGUUGGCGAUGGAACAUUUGGGAGUGUGUGGAGAGCAAUUAAUAAGCAAUCUGGUGAAGUUGUGGCAAUUAAAAAGAUGAAGAAGAAAUAUUACUCAUGGGAAGAGUGUGUGAAUUUGAGAGAAGUGAAGUCAUUGCGGAAAAUGAAUCAUCCGAAUAUUGUGAAGCUCAGAGAAGUAAUCCGGGAAAAUGACAUUUUAUAUUUUGUUUUUGAGUACAUGGAAUGCAACCUUUAUCAACUUACUAAAGACAGGGAAAAGCUAUUUUCAGAAGCUGAAGUGAGGAAUUGGUGUUUUCAAGUAUUUCAAGGUCUUGCUUACAUGCACCAGCGUGGGUAUUUUCAUCGUGACCUUAAGCCAGAGAACCUGUUGGUCUCAAAAUCCAUAAUUAAAAUUGCUGAUUUUGGUCUUGCACGAGAAGUCAAUUCACAGCCUCCAUAUACGGAGUAUGUGUCCACGCGGUGGUAUAGAGCACCUGAAGUGUUGCUUCAGUCAUACCUGUACAGCUCUAAAGUUGAUAUGUGGGCAAUGGGUGCCAUCAUGGCUGAGUUAUUCACCCUUCGACCACUUUUUCCUGGUACCAGUGAAGCAGAUGAGAUCUACAAAAUAUGCAGUGUGAUAGGCAGUCCAACAACUGACACCUGGGCUGAUGGGCUUAAUCUUGCAAGGGCUAUUAACUACCAAUUUCCACAGUUUGCUGGUGUUCACCUUCCCACACUUAUCCCAUCAGCAAGUGAGGAUGCAAUCAACCUUAUCAAGUCGCUUUGCUCCUGGGAUCCUUGCACGAGGCCUUCAGCUGCAGAUGCUCUACAACAUCCUUUCUUUCAGAGUUGUUUUUAUGUUCCACCAUCCCUACGCCCCAGAGCAGCCAUCACAAGAACACCUGCAUCUGCUGGAACAAAGGGAGGACUGGAGCAACAAUGUGCGAGGAAUUUACCAGGGGCUUUGUCUAAUUCUAAGCUUACUAACAGUUUUCCUUCUCCAAAGUUACAUGCUUCUUUGAGUACAGGGGUACAACGCAAGUUGGAUUUGGUUAACCAGGAUUCACGUAAGCCCGACAAGUCCUUGAAGAGCUCCACAAAAUCAAGAUAUCAACCACCAGGGAGGAAAAGCCCAACAUUUAUGAGCAAAGGGAGAGUUGCACGUGGAGUAUCAGAAACAGCUGAUAAGUUUGCAAGCAUGACAAUCGCCUCUCGUAGGCAGUCUCUGGGGCAGCAGCCCAAGCCACCAACUAUGAAGGCUGGAGUACAGUGGACUGGAGAAUCUGGUGGGAUGUUUCUUAGGCCAACCCAACAAUUCCCACAUGGCAGAAACUAUCCAAGGAAGGUUGUGGGAUGAAAAGGAAAGGCUCUUUUGGGAGAUUAUACUGUUAUUUCGUAAUAUGCUAUGAAGAAAGUUUAUAGUUAUAUGAGUGAUAUAUAUAUAUAUAUUGGUGUGUGUCUCCAAGCAAAACCUACGUGCAUAAGAGUGGUGCUGCUGCUCAUGUUGUGUUCUUACCUUCGUUUGUUUGCUGUUAUUUUGAUGACGUAUUGACAUUGAUACUAUUAUUAAUAAAUAAAUGGCGUCUUCGCCUGUACGAGGAA